AUGCGGAAGUACAAACAGAAGGGCAGCCUUGAAACUGCUGGGCUCAAGCUGUCACGAAGACUCUUCAAGAUGCUGCUGAUCCAGAUACUCAUCGCGGCAAUCCUUCUAAAAGAUUGCGCAACUGAAGAUGCUGUGCUGAUUCGUCUUCCUGACGUGGCAAAAACGGCAUUGGGUGAUACUGCCACAUUGCCGGCUAAGUACUCCACCAGUUACAGAGUCAUUUCCAUCAUUUGGCACAAAGUUGACAUCGACAGCACCUCCCAGCAGAGAAGAAGUGUGUUCUCCUAUGUUCCUGACUUGAACAUAAGGCGUGCUUAUGGCGUCUAUAAGGGGAGAGCCCAGCUUGUGGGACAAGCCUCCCUGCGGAUUGAUCGCACGACGGCGGAUGACGAGGGGAUGUACGCCCUGUCAAUCAUGACCGACGAACGGGGAACCGACGAGAAAUUCAUUCGCCUGGAACUACAUGUCCCACCCAGGCUAGAGGUUGGACCAAGCAAUCCAUACAUCACUACGUGGGGAAAGACUGUUUCUCUCAUGUGUACUGUGAGGGACGCCAAACCCAACAUUACAUCACUUUACUGGGGAAAAGAUGGCGGAAGAAUCGAAGCUAACGGCUACGAGGGGAAGUACUCUGGCGGGAACGCAAAGUCGUCAUCAUUGGUUAUCCGCCACGUCACUAGAAAUGAUGCCGGACUGUACACCUGUUUUGUAGAACACCCCGUGCGGUCUGCUGCUGCAAGUAUGAUGGUUAGAGUACAAUAUCCUGCAUCUAUUAUCAGUAUUUCCGACCCUGUAGAAGUCAGCGUUUCCGACCACGUGACUUUCCAAUGCGUUGCCGAUGGCAACCCCACUCCGAACAUCACGUGGUCUAAAAACGGACGACUUUUGAGUGCCAAUUCUUACGUCUUGUCUGGCGAUGUUCGUACGAGCUCCCUUGUCCUCAACAGUGUGGACGCUAACGACAGUGGAACGUACUCAUGUGCAGCAACUAACGGGGUCGGGCAGAGGCAGAUUCGGACGACAAGACUAGAUGUCACGGGCCUUCAAAAAGAAAUCACCACCACAGUCGUUGCCAUAGUAAUUGGGGCCACUGCCAGCGGUUUGUGGUUCCUCAUCUGUCUCUGCCUCCUCAUAUACUUCUUGAGAAGGCGGCGGAAACAGGAAGAGAGGAAGAAAUUCGCCUUUUACUACGACAUCGGAUCAAGAAGGGAUCACGCUACACCUAGUACAAAUGAGGGUCAAGACCCAGGGAGACACUCAGCCGCACCAGAAAGAAGAUACGCCAGGGCCAUGUAUGAUUACAAACCCAGAGACGAUAACGAGUUACGUCUGGAGGCGGCAGAUGUGAUUGAAGUACUAGAAGGAGAAGCUGGUGAUUGGUGCCUGGGUUUCACGGCAGGCAGGGUGGGGCUCUUUCCCUCCAACUACGUCGUCUUCAUCUCUGCCUCAGAAGCGGCUGAGGAUGGCCACACCUACAGUGUACUGACAGAGUGCCAGAAACAGUCCAAGCCCACGGCAUGACACUAUACUACUACAUGUACAGUCUUCACGCCCAACUGCAGCGGAUUCUGUGUUUGACCAUACAGUUGUCCACCACGGCGUAUGAACAUACUAAACUAAAAGCGGACGGUCCAAAGACAUUGAUCGGUAAUGAAAUACAUGUUUUGCAUCUAAUAAUUUUCCUUCGUUUUGAAAUCAAGUUUCAAGUAAUUGAAUAAUUAGUAUU